AUGAGAUGUGGCGACUGCAAGAAAUGCUUCCGAAGAAACACUGAUAAAGUUUCAUGUACCAUCUGCAGUAAUGUCUUUCAUUUGAGAUGUUUGUGUAAAGAUAUUUGCCGAACGUGUUUAACUAAUGGCGGUAGUGAGAUUCAUCCCGAGGAGUAUCGAUUGCCGGAAUUGGAAAGAUUGUCAAAUACCCGUGGUUUUAAGAUCCUACAUCAAAACAUUAGAGGUUUAUUUGGUAAAAAGGACAUUGUUUCUGAGAUUCUCGCAACCAAUAUCAUAAACAUAUUUUGUGUUAGUGAAACGUUUAUAACAUCAGAUACACCGGCGUGUUGUUUCAAUAUAACAGGAUACUCCUAUGAGCAAAAAUGUCGUUUGAAAGGAUCUGGCGGUGGAAUAGGUGUGUAUAUAAAGGACGGGACUCCCUAUACUCGGCGUUCUGAUCUUGAAAACGAGAAUAUAGAGUGUAUAUGGCUAGAAAUCUGCUUCCCACAUGCAAGAAGCCUGUUAAUUGGUAUAAUUUAUCGACCCCCAAAUACCUCUAACUAUUUGCAAGAUAAUUUUAAUCUUCUAUGGGAAGACAAUUUGAUAACUGCCCUAGCGGAAAGUAAAGAAACUAUUAUCACUGGUGACAUAAAUUGUGAUUAUCUAAAGAGAAAUGACAACUUGGAAUUGAAGGAAAUUUUCAGCUCAAAUGGCUUUUCACAACUUGUAGACAAGCCGACGCGCAUUACUGAACACGGCAAGACACUUAUCGAUGUUAUUCAAUCAACAAAUCCAGAAACAAUUGCAAGGGUUGAAGUUAUUCCCUCGGGUUUAAGUGACCACGAUAUGGUUGGAUGCGUUCGUAAAUUAAACCAUCAUAAAUUUCCUCCAAAGCUAAUUAAAUGCCGAAAUUAUUCAAGGUACAAUCCAAAUGAUAUGUGCUCUGAAUUGUCUGAAUCUACGCAGUGGGACAAUGUGUAUAGUCAUUGUGAUCCUAAUCAAGCAUGGCUUUCAAUGAAAGAUAUACUUACUAGCAUUAUAAACAAAUAUGCACCGUUCUUCACAAAACGAGUUAAGGGGAAACCAUGUCAAUGGCUUUCAGCAAAUACCAAGAAAGAAAUGAAUAUGAGAGAUGGCUUAUUGAGGAAAGCCAGGAGAUCCGGCAGUGAAAAUGAUUGGUCAACAUAUAAGCGAAAGCGAAACCAAGUAAACAAUAGCGUUAAGACUGAUAAAAGAAAAUAUUACCGACAGCUAUUGGAAGCGAAUGCAUCAGAACCCAAAAAGUUUUGGAAAACUAUAAAAGAGGUUUUUCCUGUAAACAACGUAACAAAUAAUACAACCUCGUCUCUCGUUCUGUUCGUUUUUCUCUACGAUUGCAAACAAGCUGAAAUUAGCGGUUUUCCCUUUGACGAACUUUGUAUGGAAGCAUCAGACCUCUAA